UCGUGUGGUGUGUUAUCUCAUGGUGCGUUAUCUCACAUUUUCUGUGAUGUGUCUGAUGUUGUCCCGUGUACUGUUUGGUGCCUGAUACACAGUACUUCUCUCAUGAAUACUGUGCCCGUGCUGCUUGCUGGAUUUUAAUUACCAGCCAAUGGCAACGAGCGAGGAUGAAACUGAUGUGUUCAGCCACCUCGGUCAAAUCUUGGCCGAUCCUCCACCAAAGAGAGACUUAUGCAACAAGUGCAGACGGCCGCCUUCUGUUUGCUGGUGCUGUUCCUUACCGGCGACCCCGGUGGCUAUUUCCAGUAAGGUUUACAUCCUCCAGCAUCCCGGAGAGAUGAAACGGAACCUGUCCACAGCUCCCAUGCUUGAGGCAGCACUUUCCAACGAGAGGUGCAUAAUUCUUCGAGGACGCAGGUUCUCACGGGAACGCUAUGGGGCUCUAGAAAGCGUCCUUGCAAAUGCUCCAUCACCGGACACUGUGUUGCUGUAUCCUGGGCCUGAGGCCAAAGAUGUUCGAUCAUUAGACACUGUGCAACAGCGAGGGCACGGUUACAACAUCGUCGUUUUAGAUGGCACCUGGUCACAGGCUCGCUCGCUCUUCUUCAACAGCCCACAGCUGCAUUCAUUGCAGCAGGUGCAGGUGAAUGCUUCCCAGGCAAGCCACUAUGUGAUACGAACUCAGCCAACAAGUGAAUGUCUUUCAACGGUGGAGACUGUGGCCUAUGCUUUGGCAGCUCUCGAGGAGAAGCCGUAUCUUCAAGAGGUGUUGACAAAACCGCUGCAGACUUUGUGCCAUUACCAGUUAGAAUAUGGCGCCGUGAAACAUCAGAGCAAAGAGUUUCUCAUUCAAAAUGGACUAUACAUGAAGCCGUUGUCACGACGCAUCAUGCACAAGCUGGCACGCAAUGAGGAUCUCAAGGACGCUCUUAAGUGACCGUUUGCACGUUGUGACUCAAUCAGAUACGUGAUCUGUGUUGUCUUGUGGAAGUUUGCAAGAGACCUGCUAUUUAGGCGACUGCACAGUUGGCGGUUAUUCCCUCUACUGAAGUCAUUGUUAGAGCACCAAAACUACGUAGGUACCACUGCUAGGGCACUUAAGAUUGUCCGUGUGUACACUUUUAUUUUAUGCAUAAGACAUUUGCGUUUUCUUAAAUGGGCAAGCUUGACGCACCAACCUUUUAUUUCUAGUCUCUGUAUCGAUAACUGUGGAGCUGUAUCUUUGCAUCAAGUAAAAUGAUUGUAACC